UAUACUAAUGUUGUUGGAAACGAAUCCACAGAGAACUUCUCUACUUCACUUUGUGGUGAGUGGUGAUAACUAUUAACUACACACACACACAACAACAACAACACACACCCUAUCAUAGAGAGAGAGAGAGAGAUGGAGGGUGGGAAAUGGAAGAGAGCAGAGGAAACAGCAGGGCCAUCAUGUGGGGUCUCUUCUGCUUCUGGGAUUGGUGCAAGUAAACAAGAAAUCCCUGAAAACCCAGAUGAAGCUUUCCAUGAUCAUGGGAAGGACGAAGAAGAAGCUGAGGAAGAGGAAGAAGAAAAAGACAUUGAUGAUCAUAAAAAUAGCACCUUUGUUCCUGGCCCUCUUCUUUCUCUCAAGGAACAGAUCGAACGGGACAAGGAGGAUGAAAGCCUAAGGAGGUGGAAAGAGAAGCUCUUGGGUUGCUUGGAAAGUGAUUCAGAAGGUCAAAUAUAUCCUAAAGUGAAAUUCCACUCCAUUGGCAUAAUCUCUGAGGAUUUUGGUGAAAUGAUUACUCCUUUACCUGCGGAUGAAAACCAAAAUGGUCAUAUUCUAUUCACUCUCAGGGAAGGGUCUCAUUAUCAGCUUAAGCUAAAAUUUAGUGUUCUGCACAACAUUGUCUCUGGCCUGGCAUACUCCAACACUGUGUGGAAAGGAGGGCUUCAAGUUGACCAGAGCAAAGGAAUGUUGGGUACCUUUGCUCCUCAAAAAGAACCAUAUAUACAUGCCUUGAAAGAGGAUAUUACUCCAUCUGGCGCGCUUGCAAGGGGUGUCUACUCAGCCAAAAUCAAGUUUGAAGAUGAUGAUAGAAGGUGUCACAUGGAACUCAAAUAUUCAUUAGAGAUAAAGAAGAGCGUCUAGCCCGGGUCUGUGGCAUAUUGCCUGUCAUUUUAUGUGUCCUUUAAAAAGAGCACCUAGUUUCAUUUGUUACAAUAUUGAUUGUUGACACUAUUUGUUAUCUUUUAAGUGUUGUGAGUUGUGAUUGUGACAGUACUCUUUUAUACUUGCUAACUAGUCAUAUAGAAUGAACAUUGCGGUGAUGGCUAUUCGGCUGUUGGCAAGUCAUGUUAAGAACCUGAACAUUUGUACACAAACAAUCCACUAGAGUUUUCAAAGGGCUAAAGAAAUACAAAGUUCAACAUUUUUAUGAUUUG